AGCCCCGGUGCCGGGAUUUGAUGCCGGGAGCCGCGCGGGAAGCCCCGGUGCUGGGAUUUGAUGCCGGGAGCCGCGCAGGGCCUGGGGACCCGCGGCCGCUGAUGACCGCGGAGGCAGAGUCUGCGGCGGGAGCGGCCGCUGCGGGGACCGGCGGGGCGCGGGUUUGACCCGGCGCCGCUUCCCCGGAGGGAAGGGGUGCUGAGCCUAGCGCGUGCUUUCCUCGUCACCUCGCAAAUACAUGCCACCGCCCCAGUCUCCACUCUGCUCAUUCUGAGCUGCUAGGACCACGCCCUCCUCCAUCACCCCUGGGUUUUGUUUUCUUUCCCAGCAUAGAAUCGCACAGUGUAGGUAAAAGAGCUUAAAGCGAUUUGGAUUUACAUUAUUUUAAACCUAGCACUGAGAAGGGCACGACGUCCUCUCCUUGGCAGUUUGUUAGUGGCAGAGUCGAGAAUUGAACUCCGCUCUCCUAAUUCCAUCAUUAGGGCUCUGUCCAGCACCACAUUUAAGCCUAGGCCCUCUUGUGAGACUAAGUUCAGGGAGACCCACCAGUGAAAACAGAUAAACAUCUUAAGCCACUUGCAUCCUUUCUUUCUGGAACCUCUUCAUCUCAUUGACAAAACAUAUUAGCAGGAAAAUUGGUAAGUGACAUAAUAGCAACAUUUUCCUGUGUCAAUAAAUAUGUUUAUCCUAACUUCAACUUUAAUGCUGCACUACUGUUCCUAACUUUGUGAAUAUUUUUAUUGGACCAGUGUUCUGUUAUCGGACUCAGGUUAUUUUUUAUUUUUCCAAAGGAGAUAUAAAUUGACAGUUGUUCAGUAGAAAACUUGUUUACACUCAAGUUAGAAAAACUGUGAUCAUUUCACAACUUUAGACGUUUCCUCCACCUGUGGGUUCCUAGACUGUGCUAGUCUUGGGGCCAUUUCUGCACAUGGGUGUGUGUCUGUCUUGCUAGGUACUUGUAAGAGCUGCUGCACUAGCCAGACCUCUCACGACUCCAUUCCCCAUUCUUCCUCAUUCAGCUCUGCUUUCACCUCUCUUGGCCCUUUCUCGAGAGCACCUGAAAAUGAACAAAUUCCAGAAAUCGGUUUCCUUCAGGGACCUGACUGUGAACUUCACCCAUGAGGAGUGGCUGCAGCUGGGCCCUGCGCAGCGGCUCCUCUACCGGGAAGUGAUGCUGGAGAACUACAGCAACCUCAUUGCAGUGGGGAUACAUAUUAGCAAGCCAGAUGUGAUCUUCAAGUUGGAGCAAGGGGAAGAACCAUGGAUAAGGGACGAAUUCACAGAAAAUGAAGGUGCCUUAGAGAAGGACACAGAAAUCCAAGACAAACAUUUGAAGCAAAUUGUAUUCAACAAUGAAACAAUGAUUACAGGAAAAAAUAAUGUAUUUGGGAACACAUUUACUCUGGGCAUGAAUAUUGUUCCCUCAAGAGAAGUACUUUAUAAAUGUGAUUCAGGUGGAAACUGCUUGGAAACAAAUUCAGAAGUAAUUGUAAAAGAAAGCAAAGAAAAUGCAGAGGUUCCCGAUGGGCACAGUGGGCGUGAGAAGCCGCUACUCCAUGCUAAUCAUGAGAAAAGUCAUUCAGGAAAGAAAAAGCCCAAAAGUAACCAGAGGAGGGGGGUCGGAAGUCAAGAUGGAGCUGUUCUGCUGCACCCGAACAGUGAGGCUUUGAAACAGCCUCUCACCCAUGAGAAACCCGGGGAGUCCUUGCAGCAGCCAGCUGGCUCUGCACAGACGGAGAGACCUGCUGAACGGAAGUCAAACGAGUGUGAGGACUGUGGGAGAAGAUUCUCUAAGAGGUCCACCCUGGUUGCCCAUCAGAGGAUCCACACGGGGGAGAAGCCAUAUGCUUGCAGUGAUUGUAGGAAAACGUUCCGUGUAAAGACAAGCCUCACGCGGCACCAGAGAAUUCACACUGGAGAGAGACCCUACGAAUGCAGCGAGUGUGCGAAAACCUUCAUCGACAAGUCUGCCCUCCUCGUGCAUCAGAAAAUUCACGGAGGGGAGAAAUCCUAUGAGUGCGAAGAGUGCGGCAAGACUUUCUUCCGGAAGUCAGCCCUUGCGGAGCAUUUUAGGUCUCACACGGGGGAGAAGCCUUACGAAUGUGAGGAGUGUGGGGACGCCUUCAGCAAGAAAUCUUACCUCAUCGUACAUCAGAGAACUCACAGGGGAGAGAAGCCAAAUGAGUGUAAAGAAUGCGGGAGAACUUUCUUCUGCCAGUCGGCUCUGACGGCACACCAGAGAAUCCACACCGGGGAGAAACCCUACGAGUGCAGCGAGUGUGAGAAAACCUUCUUUUGCCAGUCAGCCCUCAAUGUGCAUCAGAGGAGCCACACGGGGGAGAAGCCCUACGAGUGCAGUCAGUGUGGCAAGUUCUUGUGUACCAAGUCGGCCCUCACCGCACACCAGGCCAUUCACAGAGGAAAGAAGUCCUACGAAUGCAGUGAGUGUGGGAAGCUCUUCUACCACAAGUCCACACUGGCCAUCCAUCAGAGCACUCACACAGGAGAGAAGCAGGAGGCGCUCAGCCAGUGUGACGGCACGUCCUCCGUGCAGUCCGACUGCAGUGAACGCGAGAGUGUGAGCACAGAGGAGAACGCGGAGUGUCCCGAGCCGGAGCAUGAAGUCAGCAAAAGCCCGCCCCUCUUACUAGGUCGGAGGACUAUCUGGGACAAGCCCUACGAAUGCAGUGACUGUGGGAGGGCCUACUGCAGGAAGUCAGCUCUCACACACCAUCAGAGGACACACUCGGGUGAGAGGCCCUACGAGUGUAACGAGUGUGGGAAAACCUUCUCCCAGAAGUUUUCCUUUAGCGAACAUCAGCGGACUCACACCGGGGAGAAGCCGUAUGAUUGUAAGGAGUGCGGGAAAACCUUCUGCCACAAGUCAGCCUUCAGAGUACACCAGAGGAUUCACACAGGAGAAAAACCCUAUGAAUGUAAUGAAUGUGGGAAAACCUACCGCCGGCUGUGGACACUCAAUGAACACCAGAAAAUACACACGGGGGAGAAACCGUAUGAAUGUGACAUAUGUGAGAAGACAUUCCGCCACAAAUCAAACUUCCUUUUACAUCAGAAAACCCACAAGGAGUAGGCUCCAAGAAAGCCACAAGCAAUUCACCCAGCGCUAAACCAGUGUGUAGAAGAUUGUAGUGGUAUCAGCUGAAGGAAUUGGGAAUUUUUCCUGUCAAGUCAGAGAGCUCACAAAAGAUGAGAAAUACAGUCUGUUUAGUAAAUGUGGUGGAACAUUCGGUGUAAACCAUGAAAAUGCUCAACACCAUUUCAAACACAUUGCCAAGUGUGCCUCCCCUUCAAAUAUGAAGCAUGUUAUUUAGUUUUAAUUGUUGAUUGUUAUCCAUUCUUGGUAGUGUAUGUUAUUUAGUUUUAAUUGUUGUUAUCCAUUCUUGGUAGUGGAUGCUGGUUCCCAAAUGUGAGGACCUAAUCUUACUUCAUUCCAAACCAGUAUCACUUAUUCCUCUGGAGACUGAAUAAUUUGCAACUUACGAAUUUACAGUGUAUUGAAAUCUCAGCUUGGUUUUUGCUUUCUAUCUGUCUCCAUUGUCUAAUGACAGUCCCCCGUCCCUGUGUCUGCAAAGGUGACCAGAGGGCUGGCCAUGGCCACCCAGUCCUGCCUGUGAUCAGUGUAACGCUGGAGCCUUUGAUGCAGCUGAGCAAAUGGAAACCCUUCCUAGGACGCUUCUAAUGAAAGAGGGCUCAGGAUAGCUGGGGUGUGAGCCCCACACUUCCAGCAAGUCAAGAAAACAGUUGGCAGUAGGGAAGAAACAGAGUUGAACAGCAAAAAGUUAGAAUCCAAGAGUGUUUCAUGUCUGAUCUUAGUAUCCCAUAAUAUCUACACAUCCCUGUUGUGUCUGUGGUUUGAGUAUAUCAGUAUGUUUUCAAAGGCCUCUUGGAUUAUCUAAUAAGCAUGUUUGUAGAGGUAUCCUUUGAAAUUCCUCUGAGAAACACAGGAAGGGCCUCUGUAAUGCUAAUUAGAAAUGGUGCCUCACACCUCUAAUCCUAGCUACUCAGGAGGUGAGAUCUGAGGAUUGAGGUUUAAA